AUGUCGCAACCACCGCAGCCGCUCGUACAGAGCGCGCCGCAGCCUCAACAACAAGCACUUAACCAAAACAGAGCCUAUUCGCCUCACGUUCAACAGCAACAAACUCCCCAGCAGCAGCCUCCGCAGCACGCUCCUUCCCCGAAUGCCAAUCAACAAAUCAGACAGCCUCAGCAAAAUCAAACGCAGCCACCGAGGCCGUCGCCAGAUCCAAGGUCUCCCACCUUCCCAGCUGGAAAUUUCUCGAGCUCUGGCCACAGCACACCGGGUGUAAGGACGCCCACGUCCACCAUGGCUUCGCCUUCCGUCAGCCAUUUUGCGCAAGCUCAACCGCAACCUUCAGUACAGCAACCGCACCAGACUCCUUCCUACGCGACAUCAUACAAUCAGUCGCAGAUGGCCCCGCAGCAAAAUGGUCGAUUGACACCUGGAACCACCGUUAACCAGCGUUUUGCCCCUCCACAGCAGCAGCAUCACGCUACACCUCAACCAAACGCAAAUCACAUGGUCGCACAUAGUCCGAGUGCUAUGAAUCAUCCUCCGCAGUCGCCGCAUGUACAGCAGCCCAACGGGACAGCACACGGCUAUGCCAAUACGACCUUUUCUCCUACCGGACAGGUUCAACCAGUAUCAACACCAGGUGCAAUGGGCCCCCCACCUCAUCUGAAUGCACCAAAGCCAGCGGUGCCGGUCAAGAGCUAUCAGUAUGAGAUGGACGAUUCCCUGGCAGGAACAGGCAUCAAUCUUGACGAGGAAGAACAGUACAUGAAUGACUAUGAGACAAGACUGGGUUUUGGAUCUCAUGUCCCGGGCGGGAGAGGCAGCUUCUAUGGCGCAGGUCCCGCAAAUCAGCCCGCAGAAACGGGUCAAAGCAAGUCGCAAGAGGAAAUGGCAGCAGAUGCGGCAGACAGAGCAUGGAACGAAGCUGCUCAUCGUUACGGAGUUUCCAGAGCACAAGACUUCCUCCAACAGGGAUUUCUACUUCCUGCCCUAUUGCAUGCCCGAAUGAGCAAAGCAGCAGCUGCGAAUGGCCUGGAACUUAAUCUCGACCCGAAACCACCCAAUCCCAACAUGCCACUUGGGCGAUUUCCUAAUCCUAACCAGUGGGAAAAGCCAUAUGUACAGGUCACAACGAAGACUUCAGAGGACAAUGCUAUCGUCACGACAGCAGGCUCUUUUCUUCCCAAGGAGGCCUACUUGAUUGACCAGAUCGCGUUGCUAUCAUUAGCAACCAAGACGCGACUUGGAGAGUUACUAACAGAUGCCAACUUGGUUGCUUGCAAUCGUCAGCAGACCGCUCAUGGCAAGCCCCCUCCUGAAUGGGCUGAAGCAGCUGAGCCACCAGUCAUGUCGGAUAGUGCAGUGAGCCCUCGCACUAAUUCCCGCAAGAUAUAUGAAGGGCCAGCGGAUGAGCUGAGCAAUGGUUUGCCAACACCGGUUUCCGAGGCAUCGAUUAAGAAUCCGUUUGCCGAUACGAUUGUGUCUCUUGGCAAGACCUCUCGCAGUGUCGAAGAAGCACGGUUGAGGAAGCGCCAGAAACGAGCAGAGCAAGCAGCGGACCGAGAGAAGAAUCCUGAUGGCACAUCUGCUUCUCGCGCUGGCUCUGUAGCUCCUGGCACUCCUGGUUCUGUCGCCCCAGAGAGUGGCGAGGCCAAGCCACUGUCAAAGAAGGAAAGCAAGAAGGCGGCCAGGCUCGCUGAUACCAGCAGUCUGUCAGUGAAUUCGACCCUUAGCCAAUUCAUGGGCAGUAAAAAGAAGAAAUAUUCAUGGAUGACGGGUGCCGCGGGGGGAAGUGGUGCAAAUACCCCACGAGGGCCUGGUGCGGCGGCUCCAGCUAGCGGAGGGCCGAAUAAAGCUGCAAAGGGUCCCUUGACCCAGGACGCUAGUCAGCAGAUCGGUAGUCUUCGCGAAGACUCUGUCAAAGGCAAGCAUAUUCAGAUGCGCGACUGGAUUGAGGUCCUUGAGGAGCACGGAUAUCUCACGGACCAGGUAGCACUCCAGCAAGCUUAUAUCAAGCUGGAAAGAUCGGACUGGGGUGACAAGGUCAAGGUGCCUGCCCUUCCUAUACCUGCACCUGCACCGAGUACAGCUACUACGCCAGUGGUUAGUACACCAGUCGUGUCAACACCAGUGGUGACAACCCCAGUAGCCACAACCCCAGUAGCCACAACCCCGGUGGCCACUUCGAUACCGACUUAG